AUGCCAUCGAAGGACAUUGCCGACAAUCUGUACUACAAUCGCGAUUUCCGUCGCAAGUACCCCCAGACCGACGUGGUGACGCAGCAGCACUUGACGGAGCUGCUCCUUGCUGCGCCUAAUGAGGACGGCACAAAGAGUCUGCCGACGCCUGAGUCGCAACAGACGACUGCGCUGACACGUCCUGACGACCUCGCCUCACCCACGGCCUUCACUCAAGUGCUGGAGCAGGUGCAUAUGGAAUCUCAACACAAGUAUUCGCCUUCUAAUAUGCCACCCAAGUUCCCUUCCACGCCGCCGCAACACAUCCUCAAGCUCCAAAAGGGUGCUCUGCCGCACGACAAGUAUGACUACUUCCCUGCGUAUGUGUGA